CUGCAUCUGACUUGUACAGAUGUAGAUGAAAAAUUCCUGUAUGUGUAGCGUUUUUUCUUCUUCUAAAUCUCACGUUGGCAUGGAAACCAACCUCUAAAAUAUACGACAUUCCUUUUAGGGGGGAACCAUGGCAGGGGUGUGUGGGGUUAUUUUUGGCGUUAGUAGCGUUCUUUAUCAGCCUCUCAGCGCCGUACUCCCAGAAGCGGCUCGCAACACGAUCUCCCCCUGUUCUUAAUGUAUCCUCACCAUAUUUGGCACAACAUAAUAUUCCCUGCCAGAGAUAGGGGAGCAGCUUUUUUGACAAAGAUUCUAUCAAAUUUGGGGAAUAUGAACGUACGGAAAAUUUUUAUGGGACUUUGAGAGUGAUUCGGUGAACUUUUAUUUGUGAGAAAACAUCUGGAACAUAUUAUUUCUAACUUUGAAGACUGAACUAGCUAAUAGGGAAUUUUUCUCCGUCAUGGCGCACAGAAGAAAGAAUUCGCAUCCUUUGUGUAAACAGAGGAGAAUUUCGGCUGUACUGGAUCUGCUGUCUGCCAAAACUCGUCAAGAGGAGGCCAAGCAUGAUAAAGAGGCAGGACUCCCGGCUGACCAGUCAGUGGCGCCACCUAGCGGGAACACUGAUCACAACAAGCUGGAUAUUCCGGACGACCUCCUGAAGGAUUUCCUGGCUCUCCGGAGCGCCACCAACCUGGGAACUGCGGAUCUGAUGCGAAGGCUCAUUAGUGACUACUCCAAAACUUCAGGAAGUGAGGCCAAGGAGUCGGCAAAGAGCGCCCCCUCUGAUACAGAAACGUUAAGUGAGUACUAUCAAGAGGACCAAGAUGGUUACGUCAUCACUCAAAAUAGACGGUCACCUGACCAAGAGGAAAUACCUGAUAAAGACAUCGCGUCGCCGACAGUUCCUCUGGAGGAAGAUGACGUCCAGUGCUCAAUGACGUCGCCACACCUGAACGAUGGGUAUACGUAUUUGUAUGACACAAAGAGCAUGGAGGAAUCGGUUCGCUCCAAUUUGGAGGAGGCGACCGGAAACCGACCUGACGAUGACGUAUACUCAGAUGACGAAAACGAAAAGGACGGGCUCCAGGUCAAGUUUCACAACGGCGCUGUGACAAUAGAAGGCACUAAAUAUAACCCCAAAGUGCACAUGGAUUCCCCCGAGACUGUGAACAAAGGACCGCCGCCGCCCUACCCCUACAUGAGUAUGCAGGGCGGUGUGUCAGGGAUGAUGCCGGUUGUUCCUGGCGGACUCGGACCCGGCGUCCCAGUCCUUCCGGAACACGUUCCCCCGGAAGUUCUCGCCAUGAUGAACUCUACUCAGAUAAACCCGAUGAUCAGCGGAGGAAUAUCCGAAUGCGAAUCUCUGGAAGGAAACAUUGCAGGAUGCAUGCCGACAGAAACCUUGCAGCCCGAAAAAUCACGAAACCAGUUGGAGGAUGGAACGUCUCUUGACACUUUAUCGGACACCGCGCCGUCUCGGCUUUGGACACCAUUGCCAAGCAAAAGACCAUAUGUACAUUCAAAGAAAAAGAACUUAGAAAAGGGGAAAAUGAAACUUAUUGCUGAGAAUACUUCAAACCACGGAGUAUAUACUAGUGUCUUGAAAUUACCAUGGAGUAAGCGUACACGGACGCCUAAGGUGGAUGCAGGGAAACACAUGCAAUUUACGACUCUUCAGACCCCCAAAAUGGAAAUUCAUGAACAACAAACACACACAUCAGAGGCGCUUGUUAAAUCCUAUGGACAAGACAGUGGAGGUAAAAAACAACAGCUGAAUAACCAACAACCGGAGAUUCAACGUCAAGAAUUUCACCAACAGACAAACCAACCGUCCUUCGUAUUCCUUCCCCUACCUACUGGAAACCUUCCCACGUCUCAAGGCAUCUUCAUACCUACCCCCAACUUUGCCGGCUCAAUCCCUGGAUCCAUGUCUGGGACAGUCCCGGUGGAUCCACAUGUUGCGGCUGCGCAGUCCAUGAUGAUGGUGUAUCCAAAUACAAACAUAAACAGUAACGGAAAACCCGUCAGGAAGCGUGGCAGACCCCCCAAGGUCCCUGCGAUGGCUAAGGUUGCUCCUGAGGAAAAGCAAAUGAAGUUUGACUCUUCCAGUUAUCCAACAUUUAUACCACAGCCUUUCCCUCCAGCGGCCAUAGUUUUGAACGUCAAUAACAUGUUAAACACUGGGAACAACGUGACAGCGUCCAAUGCAAUCAGUAAUAGUUUCUCCCAGUGUGAAGUUAGCAGUUCUACAACACAAGAUGUACAGAACAUUGUGUCUACAUCACAAAAGCAAGACAUUGCAAAGCCAGCUCCCUUUCAUCCCAAAAUACAAGUACCCGGUACACCGCCGUGUUUUAUGAACAUGGAUAACAAAACAUGUCCACCUGCACAACAAAACCCUCCUAUUCUCCCAAAACUCGAACCAAAACAAAGCAGUAGUGUCCCGCAAACUAAUGCUGACUCGACCGUGUCCAAAAGUUCGUCCCCCUGUGAAAUGAAAAUGGUAACGACGACUGCAAUGGCGAACGCCUCUACAGGGGCCUUGUAUCAGGAGAUGGUUCUCUCGUCCAAGUCGCUGGUGAGUGUGAGACCCCGUCGACGACAGAGCACAUCGGAGUACCUCAAGUCCAAGUCUUCUGAUCAAAACUUUAUAUGCACCUCAUUUCGCCUGCGGUCUUUGUCUUCUGCAAAGAAAGACAAGAAAAUGAGUCAGUAUGUUCCCGGUAUGAAACGAAGAGGCCGCCCUCCUAAAAAGCGGCUGGAGAACAUGUUUGAAGGUCAGAUGGUGGAGGUUAACCAAAGUGACAUGGAGGAUUUUAAUCGGCAAAACAUGAUUAACUUACAACGUAUCAGGGAACAGAGGGAAGAUUACGUCUCUUGUGGGGUUGACGAGAAACUUGACAAUAGUGUCAAUCAUUUUGAAGCAUCUCCUGGACCCAAUCAACAACCAGAAACUCUUGAGGAUGGCAUCAGGGCGGCAGAAGGCGGAAGUGACGACACGCGAUCCUAUAGUCCUGUGGGAUCUCCCGAAAGUUCUAGAUGCUACGACCUGGAACGUGGAGAGGUUGAGCAAGACGAGCCCAAUGAAAUGUUUCAUCAACUCUUUCAUUGUAAAGUUUGCAAUGAUAUUGUACCUGUAGAAAGAAAGGAUGAACAUUAUCUCAAGCAUUCAAAGGGGAAUAAUUUCUGUGGGACAUGUGGUUCUGCGUUCCAAAGAGUUGUUUGUAAUGACGCCAACGGUGACCCAAUAGAACUAUUAAAGUGUGAGAAUUGCGAGCAAGCUUCUCAGAACGACAGCCAGGGUCAGGCAAUAUUCUGUCCGGACUGUGGGGAGUCGUUCAGUAAUCCUCUAACCCUCAAACAUCACAGACAGCUGGAACACCCCACCCUCACAAAGCAGCAGUCGGAGGCCUUUUUCCGCUGCAGCGAUUCCGGAUGUGGGAAGGCCUUCCGGACUAAGUACGACCUCAGAGCUCACGUGCUACGUCGUCACGCUGGAAACCAACAAGUCUUUUGUAUCUACGAUGGAUGCAGCAAAAAGUUUCAGAAUGAUUUGCACCUUCAAGAACAUAUAAAGUUUAAACACUCACAAACAAACUCCUUUAAAUCGUACAAAUGCUCAAAGCCGGGAUGCGAAAAAGAAUUCGAAAGCGAGCGGCACAUGAACAUUCACCAGCUGAUUCACCGCGACGAGAAGCCAAUGAAAUGCCAGCUUUGUGAUUACAGGUGUCGCCAGCAGUCUGCUCUUGUCUGGCACGUGAGAAAACAUCACCCAGAGGCCGUACCAGCCGUUGGACCGGGCAGGACGGGUGGAUCUUCAGAAAGCUCGGGGCAGGAGGAAGUGGGUGCAAGGGAACACGAUGACGAGGACACACAAUGACGUCAUCUCAUCGAUGACAUGAUGAACUUGUGAAUUAUAAACAUGUAAAACUGCUCAUUUUUGUCUUAACGACACCUUUUUAUAUAAACUAAUCAUAUAACCUUUUAAUAUUGCUUGCUAAUAAAAUGUAUGCA